GGCGGUUGCAGAAGAAGCAGAAACAUAAGUUAACAUACCAGAGGCCAGUGUUUGUCUCGCGUAAGCUUAGGGAGGACGCUUAACAUAAUCGGGUUAUGUUCGCAGCCUAUCCACCACUUUUCUUCAGUGUCAGUGAAUACUCUCAAACCUGGGCAUUCGGUGGAGCCAGCGAAACUGGAACAAACUAUUCUGUACGAGUUCUCAUGACUGGGCAUGACCUAUGUUUCUCUUCAGAUUUUUAUCGUCAGGCUGAGAUCUUAUCCAGAGAAGCCAACCUAGGACUCGUAAUUUCUUCGAAAUGGAUACUAAUCAUUUAAAACUACUGAAUUUUUUUGCAGCGGGAAUUUUAGUGAACACCUUGAUGAUGAGCGUGCUGUCAGUCCGGACCACUGAGGAUCAAGCAACAGAGGAUAUUAAGCUGACAUUCAUGCACAAGCCACGGAUUCUAGAGUGUAAUAGGACAGUUCUUCAGCUGGAGAUGGAGAAGUGUGGUGAACGUUUUAAGACUGAUAUGGAGGAGGUGGACCCUCAGAACUGGUGCAACUUGACACAUUUUAUUGGUGAGUACCACUUCUUCUCAGCCUGCACAGAGGACAACGCAGUGAGGAUUGGCUGCUUUUGGCCCAACCCGGUUGUAGAGCACUAUAUUAUCCACAUCCACAAACAAUUCUUUUCCAACUGCACCUUGAAAUCUGUGGUCUGGGGUGAUCCAUCUGAAGAUACUCUCAUUAUCCUUAUCCUUGUUCCAGUCUUUCUCACACUCGCCAUGGUCGCAUUGGUAGUAUGGUGCAGUAAGCGAAGUGAUAUACUGGCUUAGCACUGAAGACCAAGGUCUAUAAGGAAAGGCCAUGAGCAAAUAACACAUUUUGGCACAGGAGUGUUAUCAUUCCUUUUAAUCAGGACAUUAAUAAAUGCAAUGGAGAACUUUUCUUUGGUUUUUGGACCUAAAGAAGGCAAAAGAUGUUUAACACAUUGGCAAAAAUAUGUACUUUUGUGACAUUUCCCUUGAGGAUACCUUCUAUCACUACUGUGUGAGCCACUGUUUGAGCUCUCAUUUUAGCUCUUUGUGAGACUUUGCCUUUGGGAGCUAUGAACAGAAGCCAGUAAUAUUGUUACCAAGGAUAUUGAGUACACAUGGACAUUUCAGCAGCAUGUAAGGCUUUUCUCCCUUUCCACCAUCAGUGUGUUUUUAGAGAUUCCUACAUUAAGCUUGGCUUCAUGAGUCCUGGUUUGAUUUCUUGUGGAUGCUGUCAUUUACUGUGCCGCUGUAGGUGCUUUACUGAGGGACUCCAGUGUUCUCCACUGUGGUUUGAGAUGUGAAUUUAAAUAAUUGUUAGGAUUUUAUCUCUAAUUUGUAGAUAACGUUUACAUUUUAGGAGCUGAUAUUUGGGUCGUAAGGAUAAAUUGAAACAUGCGCUGUACUGCAACAUAAAGUUUUAAGUAAAUAUCCUAGAAUUAGGACAAUUGUCAAAAGUACACCUCUAGAGUAUUACAAGUACAUGUAAAGCCCAGGUUCAUAAUAUUUUAAAUAUGUCAGGUGGACUGUCAUGUAUAUAAUGUGUUAUAUUGUUUUUACAAGAUUUAGAACCUGGUAUCUGAGCAGAAUUGUUAGAUUAAAUGUGAGGAAACUGACAAAAACUGAAUGAUUCCAGCAGAUAAUUGGUCAGUGACAAAGAACGAGACCAACAAUAAACAACAGCAAUAACACACAGUCACAGAUCGCAGAAAGGCAUGAAAUGUAAUACAGUCAAAUCAUAGCUGAAAUGCUAUAAAUCUACAGCUCGUGAUGGGAAGGACAUUGUGAACAGUAUAUUGCAUUGGAUUGUGAGCACAAUGAUUACUUUAGGACAAACAAAUAAAAUAUGACAGGAGGCAUUAUUUAUAUGAUGAGGAAAGGCUUUGCAUUGUGACUGGCUUAAAGAUACAAACUGAAGACAAUGACAUAUUCUGAAAUGUCUUGCCUCAUACCCUCAAUGACUGCCAUAUGAGGCAGCGGUCCUUCAAGCUAGACUCCAGGAAGGAUAUAAAACUCGUUCCCAGAGAAGGCAAAGAAUUAGAGGAAAUGGGCUGGCUAUGAUUUUUACCAAAGAAGGCACAGGGACUGUAGAGAGUGCAGUUUUUCUCAGAUGUGCAUUAAUGUGGCUGUUGCUGCAAUGUCAUUGGCAUUAAUAUGAGACAUUUGUCAUGAGAGAGUCUUUUCUGUUAUUAAUAUGAAUUAAGGAUACAUCCUGAAUAUACUAUAAUAUUCACUGUUUUUUACUGUAUUAUUGAAUUGCCUUGUGUUUAUGUGUCUGAAAUAUCUUGGAGUGUGUAAAUAAGAUAUUUUGUUUUUUGUCUUUAACACAAUUAUAGUAGAUUUAUUUUUAACGUUUUCUAUUUUUCUCUAUAUGGCUAGCAUGAUACUUUUCUUUUUCCUACACUAACAUGCAGGCAAUCCAAACAGGACGUCAACCCCCACUGGCCUUCCUCCCCUCUCCUUUUCAUUUUACAACUGAUAUAUGGCACAUACACAUAUACACUCAGACAGGCCAUCCCCUAAGGCCUUACAAGACCUGUGCUAUAAUCAAAUUCAUGAGGGCUUUUUUGUAGCCGGCAAACAGAAGGACAUCAGUGUUCACUCCGAAAGGGUUUGAAAUAAAUCAGAGUAUUUUAUGAUCGUCAGUAAAGCUGUGUGGUGAACACUUUCAGUCAGGGUCUGGUUUCCCAAAAACACAGUACUUGCUAAGGUCAGCUUAACUGUUAGAGUGUUCAGUGUUAUACUACUAUCUUAUAAUAAUCUUUGCUUAAAAAUGCCUUACAGUUGGUAAUUGUGACAUGGCAUGAGAAAAGAGCAAAGAUAUUCAAAGGAAGUUUUUCUAAUCUCUCUUUUUCUGAGUGCAGAGAGCCUCAAGCAUUGACUUCCUGUUUAUUCAGUGAAUCCCACGCAGCUGAGUCCAAGUUUAACCUAAAACAGAGACACAACUUGAACAGUCUCAUGCCUGACUAUGACAGUCGGUUACCAUGCUAUGUUAAUGAGUAACUUUCUGAUGAAUGCAAAUGCUGCAUAUAAUAAUGUGCUCAUCUGUGCUGACCUGAAGAAUGGUAAUUUUAGAUCAGAAGUACUACAUGAAAAGUUGCACACUGAGGAGUGAGGAGUGAAAAUGCACUGAGGAGUGCAUUUUCUAAAAAAUAUAACACCAAAUAACUGUAGCAAAUCACAAUCUACAUUAUAUUCAUUGACUGUGAAAUCAACUGAGCCUCCCAUAUUGCUCUACUUGACAGUGUAGCUAGGUGUAUAGUAGAAGAUUGGACACAAUUACAAAUGGUCAGUUUAGAGAACAGCUGGGAGAAUGGCCAAACCAAAAUGGCUCAAAUUCUUUUCUGGGGUUGAACUGCAAGCACUACAUGAGUGUAUAGUGAAUAUUUUGCUCUGUUUCAUUACUCUGAAGUCUGUAUGAUGUAGUGAUGUGAUAAUUAAUGUAGUAUUGGGUUGAUUAGCAUAAGUUUGUAUUAGUGUUAGAGCAUUAACACCAUAAUUAAUACCGUAAAACCAUUUCCCAUUGUGUAAACAUUUUCUCUACUUUUUCCAAACAUAAAACAUGUAAUGUCUAAUGAUUUUAAAACAUUAAAACCCAGUUAUAAAUUUGAUUUAAAGCUUGAUCUGAAAUUUUGUGCACCUGAGUUACAGUGACUCUCUGACUCUAUUGUGUCAAUCACAAAAAACAACAGACUCACAAAUAAAUGCUUUAACAGGGAACAGACAUGAUUCACUUGAUGAAAAUAAACAGCACAAUAUGAUGUAAUGAUGUGAUAUCAAAAAAGAGUCCUAAAUAAAUAUGAGGAGUAAAACCUGAUGAUUCAUUAUGUGAAAAUACCAGCUUAACAGUUGGAUGGUUCCUUGUCACAAAGUUGUGUUAACUGUUGACCAAGUUAUAACUGAAGGAUUUUAAAAUUUCAUUUUCAUUCUUUUCCUUUUUUGUGCACAGGUUGAGAGAUACAGUUCGAGGGAAAUGCAUGCAUUGUU